AUCUCACGCUGACGAGAAAUCACGUGACGCGUGUUCGCCAUAUCGGAAUUCGCACCUCGUGGUGCCGACCAGUUACACAGUUUCGAUCUUAGGUGUAUGUGUAUCAAGCACAUUUGAAAACUUAAGAUGCCUACAAACAAUCCGUUGCCUCCGAAGGAAAACGCCCUAUUCAAACGGAUACUCAAGUGCUAUGAACAGAAGCAGUACAAGAAUGGACUGAAAUUUGCCAAGCAGAUAUUGGGAAACCCAAAGUUUUCAGAACAUGGAGAAACACUUGCAAUGAAAGGGUUAACCCUGAAUUGCCUUGGUCGAAAAGAGGAAGCAUAUGACUAUGUUCGGAGAGGACUGCGUAAUGACCUCAAAAGCCAUGUCUGCUGGCAUGUAUAUGGGCUUCUCCAGAGAUCAGACCGAAAGUAUGAUGAGGCGAUCAAAUGUUACCGGAAUGCACUUAAGUGGGACAAGGACAACCUUCAAAUUCUGAGAGAUUUGUCACUUUUGCAAAUACAGAUGCGGGACUUAGAAGGCUACAGGGACACCAGAUAUCAACUGUUGGUGUUGCGGCCGGCUCAGCGAGCAUCUUGGAUAGGCUAUGCUAUGGCAUACCAUCUUUUAAAGGAUUUCAGCAUGGCACUGCGUAUAUUGGAAGAAUUCCGCAAAACUCAAUCUCAACCCAAGCCAUUUGAUUAUGAGCACAGUGAGUUGCUGUUGUACCAGAACAUGGUUAUGCGAGAGGCUGGCAUGCACGUGAAUGCCCUCCAGCACUUGCAAGAAUAUGAACACCAGAUUGUUGACCGCCUCUGUGUGUGUGAAACCAAAGCUGAGUUACUGCUGACACUGGGGCGAAGAGAGGAAGCAGCAGCAAUAUACCGUGAUCUCAUCAACAGAAAUCCGGAGAACAAAGCGUACUAUAAAGGAUACGAAGAAGCUGUAAAGCAAGAGAAUCCUGAAGACAGAAUUGGUUUCUAUAAGGAAAUAUCCGAGUUGUUUCCACGGGCCACCACCCCAAGAAGACUGCCUUUAACGUUCGCCAUUGGCGAGUCUUUCAAGAACCUUGUAGACACCUACUUAAGAAAAGAGCUGCGGAAAGGUGUGCCUCCUCUCUUUGUUGUGCUGAGACCUUUGUACAGUGACCCUGAAAAGGUCAAGAUCAUUGAGGAGUUGGUAACUGGUUAUGAACAGAACUUGCGAGAGGUUGGCUGCUUUGACAGAGGGGGAAGCACUGAUGUGGAACCAGCAACUGCAUUGUUGUGGACCUAUUUUCUGGCCCAUCAUCAUGACCAGACACGACAGUUACAGCGUGCCAUGGAGUAUGUUGACAAAGGCUUGGAACACACACCUCUGCUUAUAGAACUAUAUGUCCUUAAAGCCAAAAUCUACAAGCAUGCUGGUGACAUGGAGGAGGCUGUGCGUAUGAUGGAUGAAGCCCAGUCACUGGAUACUGCUGACCGCUACACCAAUUCCAAGUGUGCUAAGUACAUGUUGCGGGCUGGCCUUAUUCAAGAAGCCUGUGACAUGUGCUCAAAAUUUACAAGGGAAGGAGUGUCUGCAGUGGAAAGCCUCAAUGAAAUGCAGUGUAUGUGGUUCCAGACAGAAUGUGCGGCAGCUUAUCAGCGGCUUGGCAAAUGGGGAGAGGCACUGAAAAAAUGUCAUGAGAUAGACCGGCAUUUUACGGAGAUCAUAGAAGACCAAUUUGACUUCCACACUUACUGCAUGCGCAAGAUGACCCUGAGAGCAUAUGUCAGUUUGCUCCGGCUGGAGGACCAGCUACGCAGCCAUCACUUCUACUUCAAAGCUGCAAGGAUAGCAAUACAGAUUUAUCUUCAUCUGCAUGAUCACCCUUUAGCAGACAGUGAACAAGAAAAUAAUAUGGACACAGAAAACUUGACCCCUAGUGAGCUGAAGAAGAUGAAGCGGAAACAGCGUAAGGCCCAGAAAAAAGCUGAAGUGGAGCAGCAGAAGCAACGAGCGGAGCUGGAACGUAGGGAACAGGGUAAAACUAAGGCCACUGAUGGGGAGCUGGAUGGGCCCAAGGAGGAGGAACUUAUACCAGACAAACUGGCUAGGACAGAGGAACCUCUAGAACAAGCAAUAAAAUUCUUGCGACCACUGCAGAAUCUGCUGCCAGAGUGUGUGGAAACUCACACCGUGGCAUAUAAGAUCUACUCUAGAAAAGGCAAGUUGUUACUUAUGCUGCAAUCUAUAAAGCGUGGGAUUGCUGCUGACCCUAAUGAUCCACAGCUACACACUUGCCUCAUUCGCUUUUAUAUGCAUGUCAAAGGCCAGGCUGAGCUGCCUGCACCAGUCCAGACUGUGAUAGAGCAAGAGAUGGGGAAGAUCUAUGGAAGCAAAGACCCAAAGACAUUGAAUGAAGAAUUUCUGUCUACCAAUAGCUGCUCCCUACAACAUUUGUUAGCAGGAGCACAAAUGAUGUAUUUACUUGAUAAGUCAACUCAGGAGAAAGCCAUUUCCUUGGCAACCACACUUUCCUCUGAAAUACAAGGCAUAAGUCUCAAGACCUGCUGCCAUGUGCUGGAGAGCUUAAAAUCUGGAGACUUUGGUUGUUGUGACAAGACUGUGCAGGAAUACCAGAUGAAGUGUCACAGCCUCUUCCCUUGUGCAGCUGUCUUCAUGAACCCUUCACCCAAGGUUGUAGGAGACUGUGCCAUCCUGACAAACGGCUCAGUGUCCUAAGUUUCUAUGAGCAAGCAGUUUGUGUGGACUGGUCCACAUGACUAUUGGCCGGCAGUGAACUGACUGGUUCUGUGUGUGUGUGAAGACAAGUCCAGCACUCAACACGCUGGCCACUGACUAACCUGUGGUUGCUGAAGCUGUCUUCUUUCUUGGGUACAACCAAGGGGCAUAACCCUGCACACGAGGCAGCCGCAGGCCACCAGAUAAGCAUGCUACACAUGUGGAUGCAAGAGGCAGUAACUAGGAAGCUGCAGGAAGAGUUCUAUAACCUGAUCCAAGCAGCUGUCUCAGGACAGAUGUUUGACAGCUGUUUGCCUUUGCUCAUCAGGCCUGGCUUUAGACAUGAGCUCCAUGCAUAACUUAUUUUACCAGAUCCCUGUGGACGUUACAUACCAUUUUGUCCUGCCUUCUAUUCUGAGAGUUUUGUGAUGGCUGUACCACACUGUAAUCUCACUUAGAGCUUUGUGAUGGCAGUACUGUGCUGUAGUCUCAUUGAUGACUGGCUGGCAACACCUGGCCCUCCCGUUUGUCUCAUUUUGAUUGGGUAGAAUACUCUCAGGAUUUUGAAGCAUUCUGGUUAUUCUGCAUUGGCUAUGACAGCACUAGGGUCACAAGCAUCAAGUCAAGCAGAUUGGUAGUGACAACCCAAUGUGAAUCAUACCAUAACAACCACGCCAUAACUACGUCCACAGCAAAAGCCAGGUGGGCAUGUUGUAACAAAAGCCAUGCCAUUAACUAUGUCUUCUGCAGUGCUUAGAGUGCAGUUGAGGGAAGACUGCGCAGCCAAGGACUUAUGGGGUCUGGGUGUGAAAGUGGCUGAUUCUUUCAGCACCAAAUGAGAUGGUUUUGGGGGCGGGGGGGAGUGUGCAAGUACAGAUUAACAUGCAUGAGCUGUUGGAGUCCACAGCACAUUCAAAGAAAUAAGUACCAUAAAAAGCAUGGUCUUCUUAACAUUAGGUGUACACUAUGUGUAUAUGAUGUCAGCAUGACUAAUAUAUGAUUUUAUUGUGUGAAGAGUUUCAAGAGUAAAUAAUGUAUAGUUUGUGUUACGGUGGCUUGUCAGCGGGAAGCCUGUGAUUGUAGCAGCAUUAGAAUACUGCUGCUAGUGGCACUGCAGUCAUGUCAGCAGCAAGUUAAGUGUCAUUAAUUCAGAGCUUCUUAAGGUGGGUGGGUAACUUGUGAUCAGUCCCCUCGGAUAGCAAGUGGAAAUUAAAUUCCAGGUCUGUGUUUUCCACAUUUUGUGACUUGAGUAGCAAGAUAGAUCCGAGGAUGCUACUUAUGAAAGGAACAUAAAUGAUCACACAAGAUAGCCAGUGAGCCACGUGCAUGUCUGAAAGAUCUAACAUCACUCCCAGAACGCAUAUUCACAGUGACCUCCUGACAGGGCAGCACAAGACUCUCACCAUGAAUAAUGAGAGACCUUGUACUUGUGAGAGUAAUUACAAAUUCUCCAAGCAUUUUGUUUGGCCAUAAGCAGUUGAUGAGGAGCAGUGGAUUUUGGUUUUGUUUUAAGCUUCCAAUUCUUUCAUCUGUUCCUGAAGCAGAUGCUAAUUUAAGAUGUAAUUUAAGGCUAGACAAGUGGAGUUUCAUGCCUCGAACUGGGCCAUCUGAUGGUGCAAUAGUUAGUGCUUGCCACCAGUACAGUGAGGGUUGGGUGUCCUAGGUUCAGCUCUUGUCUUGGGCACACUGUUACAUCUGUGCAUGUGGCAUCUGUUUACAGGGCUGACCGCUUUGCCAUGAUGUAACCUUAGUUGCUGACUCAGCAUAAAACAUUCCCCACUCCCAAACCUACUUAAAUAAUUUUAGUUUCUAACUGUGACAAAAUAAAAUAAGGCAGGUGAUUGGGUGACCCAUUACUGUAAUGUCACUGUAAAUGUCAUAAAAAGGAUCAGUAUUGUCUGAGUUUGAAUCUGUGACAUCUUUGAAUGGAGAGUUUUGAUAAAAUGAAUGACAAUCGCCUUUGGAGGUAAUAAUGAAACUCACCUCUGGGAAUUAUUCUUACACACAAUUUUGAUUUCUUUAAAAGGAACCCAGUCUCUAAAGGCUUUAACCCAGUCUGAAGGCUUUAACACUUUUUUUAAAUGGAGUGAGGGUAGUCUUUGCUACUGGGUAGAAGUAAAUUCACACGAACUGUUCAGCUCCACUCCAUCAAAAGAAUGUUCUGUAGCUUUAUCCUCCCCUCAGCCUCAUCCAUCAAUUUUUGUGAUUAAAGGUAAUGGACAGUGUCCACAGUCCUGGUAUUGUUUUCUGUCUUUACAUGCAGCACUACUGUUUGCCCUUGUGCAGUCAAGAUUAUAAGUGUUUGCUUUAGUCCAUCAAACAACUCUGCAGGAUGAAAGGAUAAAGCUGAAAAUAGUUCUCCAUGCAUGUUGGGAACUACUGCUAUCAAAACCUUAAUAAGGCCAUUCACUUUAGUCCACAUUUUGGCCUGUUGAGCUUGACCUACAUACCAAUAUUUAAGAGCCAUGUGGAACUUGAAGGCAAACACUGCACCAGCAGAGCCAAGAAUGAUGUGCUAGUGUGACUGCAGAUAACUUGUGGCUGGAGUACUUGUGUUGUCUUAUCUCAGUGUACAUGAGAGAGAUCAGUGUGCACACUAAUUGUUCUGAUGGCAUAUGAACAAUGUUUUUGAUAAGAGAUUUGCUGUAUAUUUGUUGUUGAUUGUAUCUUUUCUGCUUGUUGAGAACGACACAGAGAAUGUGUAAGAAGCCCCAUUCAGCUCUUUCUAUAAGUAUAAGUAGUUUAUUCUACUAUUUUACUUAUGCCCAUUCAGCUCUUUGUAGCUACACAGUGAAACAGAAAAGCAAUCAUUACAAGAAACAAUAGUAACUGUCACAUACAUUCGUGUAGUCACCUAAUCUCUAUACUUGAAAAAGAAAGUUGCAAAGUCUCUGUGAAUCUGCUGGUACUAUCAUAUGAUGUGAAAUAUUUACCCCAGUGCCAAUGUCCCUCACAGUGGACACAUCCCAAAGUGCUGUUCUUUUUGGGUUUUUAGAUUAUAGGGAAAAGUAUAAUCUUUAAGUCAGUCCUCUUCAUGGUUCAAAGAUAUGGACAAUAGUGGCUGGAUGUUUCAGACCUAAGCGUAAAGUUGGCAAGUAUUGACAGUCAGACCCACAAACAUCUAGACAAACUGUUGGGCAGAUGUGUUGAUCUUUUUUUGUGUAUAUUUCACUUUUCAUACCUAUAUUGUGGAAGACCAGAAGGUGGGCCAGAAGUACCAACAAGACAUUCCCAAAAGGCCUAGUGGGUUACAGGCAGACCUUUAAUACCAGCCCAACAUGUUCAGCAGUGUAAUUUCCUUUUGUCCAAUUGUCCAAAAUCCAAAACACUCAGAUUUACCCCUGUACAACUGAAGUGUGCUUUAUUGUGAAUAAAUCGUUUUUUAUGAA